UGGCCUGGUUGGAUUCUAAACUCAUGGAAGUAUUUUUCUUCCCGGUUAUUGUGGUCCAGUCCACACGACAAGGGUCUCUUUGAUUCAUAAAUACCACCAAUGGGUCAUCUGUAGUCCUCCAGAGCUGCUUCAAGGCUUGGUGAAGGCACAAACCGACGCAUAGAGCGCCACAGAGCCCAGCUGCGCCUUGACUGACAAUUGAUCUUCAGUAUCAACUGUAUGAGUGCUGGAUGGACCAGUAUAAGUUGAAACAAUAGGGGUGAGACAUGGUGUGUUUGAGGAGUGGGUUUUUACAAUUACAAGAUAUUGUCACGUAAUUUUAAAAUUAAAAUGUGGAGGUUAUUUUUAAUUAGAGCCAAAAAGUCAAUAUCCAGGGUUUGGGGGUUCUAUGGGCUCUUUUUAAUCAAUUCUGUCCAAUUUGUUCACCCCUACAUAUUCAACUUACAUGGAAGUGUCCCUUUUUGCGGGGAUUGCUGGGAAGAAGAAGGAGGCUACCGAGGUUGAGCCUUUGGAAAGUGAAGUGUAGCAACAGCCACCCUCAAAAGACAGCAACAUCUGCACAAGGUGACCUGCACAUCUGCACCGCCCUCGACAACAUGAUGGAAGACGAUAUCGAUGAGGACCGGGCCAAGCUGAAGCAGGGCCUGGUCAAAGUCCUCCAGUGCGUGGCCACCAUCUCCUCGGCAGCAGCUGUGGUCAACCCCAUCUUUGGCGUGGCGGGUUCUCUGAUCCGGGUGGUGCUGCACCACGUCGACGACGAGGACAUUCGCACCCUGAAGCGCGAGUUCGGCUCUGUCAACCGGGCCCUGGAUGGGCUCUCCCAGAUGAACAGCAACACGCUGGUGCAGAUCAAGAAAGAGACGCUGGACGGGCAGUACUGCCGCGUGGAGGAGAACCUGAAGAACCAGUUCAGAAGGUUCAUGGAUAUGGUGAACGCGCGGCCGGAGCACAGCGAACGCAAGAAGGACGACUUUGUGGAGAGCUACGCCGACGACAUGGGGGACCAGAACCUGCACACGCUCUACGACGGCGUGGUGGGCAAGUCAAAGCUCUUCAGCAGACCGAUCCUGGAGGUGUACCUGAAGCACUCGCAAGGCGACCGCCGCACCAUGGAGCGACUCUGCACGCGCCUCACCUACCUAUUCUGCAUCGGCCUCAUCGCCCUCAUGGGAUACGCCACCGUCAUCGGAGACGACGAGGAGGGUCUGAGCGAGGAGUGGGCCGAGAAGAUGGAGAACGUGCAAGAGAAGAUGCAGGAGGUACUCAACCAGUGCAAAUAAAGAAGAGCCUCUUUUCUCAUCUGCUGCUUUUCCUUCAUAGCCAGGACUCGCACGUCCACAUUCCCUCGUAACUUUCUCUCUCUUCGUAAACAUCUAAAGUCUUUGCUUGAAGGCCCAGUGAAAAAUGAGCAACAAUCUAUUUCUCCAAACUAGUAGUUGAGUUACAGGGAUGUUGGUUCGUUACAGGUGGAGCUAAAAAAAAAAACUAAAUGUCCAAAUUUUGGCACAACAAUUGCCUGGGAAAAAAAAGCUUUUUCAAUUGAAACAGAAGAGAUGAAUCCGUCACAGGAUCAUUGAAUCUUACGAUGACACUACUCCAGAAGCUACACUAUGCGCAGUGUAAGGAGAUGCAUGCUACAUAUCACAUUGAAUAAAACUUGCAUCUAGGAAUAAUGUUUUAACCUAAAUAUUCAACAUUAAGCACUUUCGUAACAUAUUUGCCAUUUGUUGUAGUUUGACAUUAUUUUUUUACACCAAAAUAUAAUCAGUUAAACUGAAUGUGAGAGGUAACUAUUUGAAAGCGGGAUGAGAAACUCAGGCUUUAUCGUACAGUCUCUCCACUAGGGGGCCUUGUCUGCAUUCCAUAGAAUCUGAAAAGGCAUCCAUAUUUUUUGUUACACAAUUGACAUAAUGACUGCUUUAACACUGUUUACCCACAGAGGAAGUUUAAAAAAUAGAUCUACAAUCUAAAUAAGCAAACUAAAACAAGGACGACACCCUGAAGUUUCCAACGCUAUGAAUGUAACGACAUGAGUAAUCCUAAACAUGUGCAAUGCUAACAGAAAUGUGCCACAUACAGUAUAUUGUCAUGUAUCGGAUGUUGUGCAUGGCGCUCAUGAUACACUAAGCAUACUUGUUGCUGUUGAGCACUAAAUGUUACCUUAUGUUAUAAGACACUAGUUUCUGAUGCUGUACAGGGUUCUUCAUAUUUAGUGGCCAUUCAACGUUAAUUAUAAACACUACGCACAUACAAUUCAAUUUGUUUGUCACUGAAGGACACACUAAAAUAAUAUAUAAAUAGUAUAUAAAGUUGUUUUUUUUCUUCCCCUUUUUAUAUAUUCUUGUCAAUCACUCAUCUGACCAACAGUGCCUAAAUGUGCUGAUCGUUUUUGUAUUAUUGUAUGUUAUUUUUUCCGAUGCCUGCUUAAAUCAUUCGACAAUGAUUGCGUGAGGCAAGGUGUUUUGAAUUGUGUUCACACUACAGAUGUCAAAAGUUAUAGUUGAAAUAUAUUUUGUAAUCAUGUCUUUGUUUUUAUCAAACUGGUGUUAGCAACAGUACCUCAACAUGUGAUCACUAAACAAUAUCUGGUUGUCAUUGAUGGCUUUCAACUCUGUUUGUAUAAAUUAUACUCAUCCAUUCAACACAUAACAAUGUCAAAUCUCGUAACGGAUUUUGUUUACGCUCCGUAAGUACAGUCGGAAGGCUUUAUGGAAACUCCGUAUGCGAAUAUGUUGCCUUUCUGUUUGUGUAUCUUUGAUUCCUGGUUGUAUCCCACUAUAAAUAAAUGUUGAUCAUAUAAAAUGGUGA